AUGACACUCCUCUGCUGUCAUCUGGACGGUAUCCUCGGACAAGGUUGGUGUGCUGCUCACUUGACUCAAUAUGCCGAUGACACACACGCUGCUUGGAUUUUUCACAGCUAUGAGGAGCUUUGUACGUGCCUGCGGCAACUUGGUGUUCUCAUGGAUGCCCUUGAAGCCUUUGGUAUGCAACUUAACAAUGACAAAGCACAGGCCAUUUUCACAGUCCGGGGAUUGCACAAACAGAAGGCGCGUGCCGCAUUCACGCGUAAAGAUAAAGAUCGCCAAGUUCUUGUUGUUGCCGGUGACAAUGGUGAACGCUUCAUUCCUCUGGUUCGCAGUACUGUUUACUUGGGCGCGCGUAUCUCGUAUGAUCAGUUCGAGUCCCAAACGGUGUCACAUCGGCUGCAGAAGGCAAAUGUCAGAUUUUGGCAGUUGCAGAAGUUCUUCACCAGCAAGCGGGGAUUGAGCAUUCCACAACGUGUGCGCAUGUGGCUGGUUACUAUCAGGCCGACGCUGCUUUAUGCGAUCGAUUGUUGUCCUAUGAGCACUGUUCUGUUGCGACAAGUCCAGACGCUUGUCAUGAAGCACAUCAGAGCCAUCUGCUCUUGUCCUUCGCAUGUCACACAUAUCAGCGAUGCCGAUCUGCUGGCUCAGAACAACAUGACGUUACCCACUGCAUGGCUGAAAGAGGCAUACGCUAGGGAUAAGGAGGUUUUCGCUUGGUUGCCGGGUUCGUGGCAGAUCUUUGCUGCAUGGAAUCGUCAACUCGUCACCUCUAUUGCUGAGGCGGAAGCUCGUUGGUGCUCUGUCUUUGCCAAACAUGAUGCGGUUGCACCGGCUACCCUUGAAGAUAUGAAGCAAGUUGCGGUGCGAGCGGAGGUACCUAUGGUUGAACGUGAUGCAGUGAGGCUGUUCGCAAACACCAUGCUGUUCUCUCUCUUCCAUGUCAUUAUUGCAGAGCGGUCCGAGCCAACGGGCGAGGAGCGGGGUCGAGAGAUCGAGCUGUUCUUCGGUGGGUUGGAUCGGAACCAGGAGGACGUUCGCAUGUCCGAAGAGGACGCGAUCAACAACAAGCGCAACGGGGACUUCAGAUCCACAUCGACGGGGAAGACUCAGCGAGGUGCUCAGUCCCGAAAAGGCCAAGGAAAAGGCAAAGACACAAAGGUCCAGCGCAAGACGGAUCAGGAUGCGGCGGACCAGAGCGAGGAGAAAGCCAGGCGCAUCUACCAACAAAUCAUUCGGAUCCUAGUGCGGCACGAGGACAGCAUCCAAACUAUGCGGCUCGACACGGGGCUAGUGUGGUUCCUCCAGGUCGGCGACGAGACGAAGGACACAACUUCGAUCAUUCCGUUCUUACGGGCAGCGGCUCAGAAAUGGCAUUCCAAGGACAAGGACCACUUAGAGAUGUCAAGUCGGCCACUCAGGGAGAUUCUAUUUCUGGGUAUCCUACAGCGCAUGGCCACCAAGCUGCAGGAGGCGAUUGCGGACAAGGCCACAACAAUUCGAUGUCAGCAGGCAGGGUGGCUCACGGAAGAUCAGAAGUGGACGUAUCAAAAAUUUUGUCGAGAGACCAGAACCCUUAUUCGCGACACCAACAAGGCACCGGUUGCACACGAGACGAUCCUGGCGUUGAUUCGCAACAUGAUGGUCAAGGUGGACACGAAUCCCAUUGUUCACAGGUUCUGCUCACUGCGCAAGCUGGACUACUACGAGUCGGGAGUGGCGGUGUUCAUGCAGGAUUUGUCGAUUCGGGACCAGGACGGCACAAUGGUAUGGCAGGGACUCCUGGAUUAUCAAGGCUGCACGGCGUGGCAGCUGAUCGGGGUCCAGUAUCGCAGGGAGAACCUGCAGCGAUCCCCGUUGAUCAAGGAGCUCCUCCAGCUAUUGGACGGGAUGUGA